AUGACUCGAAAAUUGGUUACAGUUCGCUAUGUCUCAGCCAUCACACCCAUCCCCGGCGCCGACCGCAUCGAAGCAGCCACCGUUGACGGCUGGACAUGCGUUGUCUCCACCAAUGUCUUCAAGCCAGGCGACCGCGGUGUCUACUUCGAGAUUGACUCUCUCCUCCCGGCCUCAGAUCCGCGAUUUGCCUUCUUAGCCCCGAAGAUCGUCUUUCCCAAUGGUCCCACCCAUACACCGGACGUCCGCGUUCGGACUGUCAAGAUCCGGGGCGUCUUGUCGCAAGGUCUUCUUAUGCCACUAAGUUACUUUCCUGAGAUUGUAUAUCGUCUAGAUGCCAUUCGAUCAGAUGAACUGCAAGACAAAGGAUUCGAGGAUAUUCUCAACGUGCGCAAAUAUGAGGGCCCAGCCACACCAUUCCCUCAAGAUUCAGCACUCAGCACGCCGCUGCCAGACUUCCCAUCAUUCAUCCCACGAACAGAGCAGGAGCGUGUACAAAAUCUUCCAGAUGUCUUCUCUACUCAUGGCUCAGAGAUCUUUCAAGAAUCGACCAAGAUGGACGGCUCAUCCAUGACGGUAUUCUAUCUCGACAGAUCCAGCCCUCUAUCCCAAACACUUCCAGAUGAGAUACAAGACGUUGGCGUAGGAGUAUGUUCAAGAAACCGAGUUCAGAUAGAGAACCAUCCGCGAAGCCAACCUCUCUUCUACGCCACUGCGCGAGCGUUGGGAUUCCACCAAACAUUAGCCAAAAUUGGUCGCAAUGUAGCUAUCCAGGGCGAACUAUGCGGGUCGAGCGUACAGAGUAACUUUGAGGGGUUUGCAAAAGGGACGCAUUCGUUUUUCCUCUUCGCAGUAUACGACAUUGAUGAGCAGCGAUAUCUACCACCAAGGGAGGUACAUGAGAAGUGGGCUCCAUUGCUAGGUAUUGAGCAUGUGCCUGUCCAUGGAUACAGGGCCUUGAACCAAGUCGGAUCUACAGUAGCAGAUCUGGUAGCACGUGCAGAAGGUAAAGGGGUCAACGGGCGAAAGAGGGAGGGCAUUGUAUUCAAGCGAGAUGACGGACUAUUCAGCUUCAAAGCAAUAUCGAACUUAUAUCUACUGAAGCACGGGGAGUGA